AUGGCACCAAAGAAGAACGCUCGCGACACCACCUCCGCGACUGCUGCCACCUCCCAGGCCAGUACUAGCACCACUGCGCCUAUCCCUCUUACACCUGAGCAGACCAAGCCUGCUGUUCCCAAGAAGAGCGAUGCUAGGGCCGAUGUUCAGUGGGACCGUAUUCCUCAGACUAUCUACAAUCACUACAUCAAUGAAACUCCCCAACGCAUCAUGCUGCUUGACGUCUUUCUGGUGUACCUGGUCGUUGUGGGUGCAAUUCAGUUCGUCAACUGUGCCAUCGCCGGCACUUUCCCCUUCAACGCUUUCCUGUCUGGUUUCUGUGUGACGGUAGCACAUUGGCUUGCGACUCCAGACAAACGAGGCGGUUCCUACUGA